AUGGUUCAAGAUACAACAGCAAAUACUAGUGAUAGAAAUAGUGUCGACAAUUUAGAUGAAAAACGAAAAAAAGUUGGAAAUUAUGUUAUUUUAAAAACAAUUGGAGAAGGUUCAUUUGCCAAAGUUAGAUUGGGUAUUCAUCUUGUCACUGAUAUGAAGGUUGCUGUGAAAGUAAUUAAUAAGCGUGAAGUGUUUAAACGUAAUUAUUUACGAGCAAAUCUGAGACGUGAAGCAUCAAUGAUGCAACGUAUGCAACAUUCAAAUAUUGUUCAAUUACACGAAGUAAUGGAAACAGAAAAUUCAUAUUAUAUUGUCAUGGAUCUUGUGCAAGGACAAGAAUUUGUUAAAUAUUUAACAAAAAAACGCCAAUUAGAUGAAAAUGAAACACGACGAUAUAUUCGACAAAUCGUGUCGGCUGUUGAUCAUAUGCAUCGAGCACACGUCAUACAUAGAGAUAUUAAAUUACAAAAUUUUAUGUUAGAUCAAAAUAAUGAUAUUGUUAUUAUUGAUUUUGGUCUGAGUAAUAGUCUAGAUGAAAAAGGUUUUUUGACUACUCAAUGUGGAUCACCAGCGUAUGCAGCACCUGAAAUAUUUGCUCAUCAAGAAUAUGGACCAGCUGUUGAUGUAUGGAGCAUAGGUGUGAAUAUGUAUGCUAUGUUAGUUGGUAAAUUGCCGUUUAAAGUUGAACAUAGAAGUAGAAAUUUAGCUAAAUUACACGCAUGUAUAUUGAAAGGAUGUGAAAUACCCAAUACAUUGUCAAAAGAUUGUCAAGAUUUACUGACUCGACUACUAGAACCGUCUCCAACAAAACGAAUAUCAAUGCAAGAAAUAUUGCGUCAUCCAUUUAUGAAUUAUCAAAUGAGUCCCAUUGAAAUUAUUCCCUAUAAACCAAGUACUGAUUUGAGAGAAAUUAAUCAAAGUAUUAUCAAAUAUCUCAUCACAAAACAUGGGUAUACUGAACAUGAAAUUGAAGAAGCCGUAUUACAUCGUAAACCUGUUGCUGCACGUGCACUCUACACACUUAUUGCACGUCGUUUAAAAGAAGGCUUAGGAUGGCCUGAUCAGACAUAUCAUGAUAAUAUUGCAACAACAACGGUAUCAACUACUGAAGGUUGUUCAGAUAUUGUUACAACUAAACUCGGUCGUGGUGAACCGCUAUUGCCAAGACGACGAAGUAUUACUCAACAACAAAUGAGAUUAACACGUGAAAAAUCAAGUUAUGCAUUUGAAGACAAUGUGUUAUUGCGUGGUCGUGCUACAAAUACACCAAAUUUAACACAAGAUGCUGUCAAUGAGCUGUUUCGUACUGAUGUUAUAUCACCAAAUCGUUUAACGAAUAGAAAACUUUAUCAUGACAUUGUCUUACGUAAAAAUUCGUCACGUGAUCGUCUAUCGCAUGAUAAUAACAAUGAUGGUGAUCAAGACUUCAGUCCUUCUCCUUAUCUCGGUGAUAAAUCAUCUAUGAUACCUUCUAAGCGUACAUCAACAACUGACAGUUAUCCCAAAAAUAAUUUGUUACCAUUAAGACGAGAUGUUGGUUUAUCUUUUAAACAACGUCAACAAUCACAAGAUUAUCAUCCACCAUCUAUAACACCUCAACCUCAAAGUCAGCAACAACAGAACGGACGAUUAGUAUUACUCAAUCAACAAACAAAGCCUCGUAGUCUACCUAAUAGUACAUUAGAUCAUGCAAAUCAAAAUGAAUUUCAUAUUCCAUCGUCCGAAGUUCGAACACCAAAAACUCUUACUAGAACAUCAAAUAUUGAUAUUAAAAAACAACUAUCACCUGUUAGAUAUAAUCCUGCUCAGUCGUUAACAGUAAAACAUAUUGGAUUAUUUUUGAAAAAUUCUGCAUUACAUUCCCGUGUUAGUUCAUGUAGUAGUAAAUCGAGCAAAUCGACGGGCACAUCGUUGGUUGAUGGUCAAUCACCACUAAUGAAAUAUCACCCGACAUCACCACUACAGCAACAUACAACAUCGAAAUCGACACGUGUUAAUUAUAAUUCACAUCAAAAUUUAACGAGAAAUCUUGUUAAAACUGCACAUGCAAAACAGCCUGGUGGUUCGUCGACAAAUACACAUAUUCAACAUUUAAUACCACAAAAACUAAUGCCAACUUGA